GCUUCAUUCACUCCCGGGGCCUGCAGGAGGAUCGUGGGCUUGGCAGAGGGCUUAGAUGGUGGAAUAGCAUCACAUAGCGUUGCGACGAAGAGCAGAAGGUGUCGGCAGCCACUUGCCUGGUAAACUAUUUCUCACUUUUAUUAAAAUCUACAACCUGCGUUUCUUAUGGUUGCCCUUUGUAGUUAUAUUCAUUUUAUUUUCUUCCUGGUUGCUUUUCAGUUCAGUCCCUUUCCCUCCCGGGACCUGUCUUUUAGACUCUUAAUGUACCUUUACAUAUAUACAUAUACUUUUCAUGUAUGUGUGUGUGUUUGCUAUGGGCAAAUUCAUAAUUAAACUCCAGCUCAAGCUGGUAUUACUAUUAUUAAUAAUUAUUAUUAUAUUAUAAUAUAAUAAUUAAGAAUAAUAAUAAUUCAUCAUAGCAGUGGCCGCUGGAUGGGUCACCCUGUUUCAAAUGGCAUUUUGAAACUUGCUUGGCAAAUAGUGCUUCUCCGCAGGCCCUCUGUUGAGUGAUUUAGGAUGCUGAUAGGAUUGUGUGUCUUUAGGUAGACAGUUAAGCAUCCAUGCUGUGGGGUAGUGAUCUCCUCAAAAUAAUUUGUCUUUAGAAAUUAGAUCAAACAGAUUUUUCGCUUGGGCAGGUCGAGCCCCCUCCUGCUCAGAUCCAUAUCCGAUUUAUUUUUCGCAGUCCUCUGUUUGCAAAUCAUUACUUCCAAGAGUGGAGACCGUUUGCAUUCCUGCAGGCUGCUUACUGGUAUCUGGCAAGAUUCCUUGGGACAGCGCAAUUUGCUUGGGACAGUGUCUAUGGUUUUAUUUUGAAGGAAACAAGCUGUCUGAAAUGAAGUGUGUGUGUGUUAUAAAAGCAAGUGAGAGCAUAUUUGCAAAAAACCUUCACUUUAGUGAAGACCUGUCAAUAAAGAGGCAGGGCUGUGAGGGGAAGGAAACUUAUCCUGAAGGGUAGCUAAACCUUCAAGCUAAAAUCUGAUGGUAGUUGAGCUUUAAAACUAGUCAUCCUUAUUGCUGCACGUCCAGCCCUUAGAGCAAAGCCAUUUUGUGUGUCAGCUCUUGGCCUGAAGUGAACCUCUCUCUUCUCAACCGUAAAAGUCAGGAAGUGAAGAUUUCAGACUCGGAAGCAAACAUUUUCACUCUGGGUUUGAUCGCAGAUUUCUUUUGCAGUGACUUUGACAUAUGUAGAGCCAAAACGUCACUUAGAGCUUGCAGCAGUGAAGAGAGAAAGAAAAAUUCCAUUCUAAUGGGCCAUAGAAAGGAGACCAGAAUAGAAAUAACGAAAUGUUCCUUGUAGGUUUAUCACGUAAACUGCAGAAAUAGCAACAACUAAUUGAUGGUUAAUUCUUGACUCUUUUUCCUGAUCCUUUCUUUGCUUGUGGUUCACUGGAAUAUUAUUUUCCAUUCCACCUUUAAUUGCUGCAAAUAAAGACUACUUGUGCUGUCAGCACAGCCAGAGUGAGUUUUGCUUUCUGUUGUAUGAAACCAUUUCCUUAGUUUGGAGGGACACACGCAGAACACAGGAAUGUCUCUCCAUAGCAGGUGGGCUGGUGGCUGUGGUAUUUUCUAUAGUGUUCAAUCUGUUCCUUGUAAUAUGCUCAGUGGCUUACUUGCUAGAGCCACCUGCCAUGUGCACAUCUUUGCAUGUAGAGUACUUUGGCUUCUGCCACCUGCUUAUGUAUUCCAGAGUACUGUAAAUAUCCUGUGAGAUAUUGCUGCAAGGAAAAUUCUCUAUUGUAGUAUUGGGCUUGGACCUGUCAAUCUUACUGCAUUUUAUGUGGUGGAGGGGUGUAACAAACAUACCCACAGUGACAAGUGCCUUCUCUUCAGUUUCUUUCAUAAGUCCCUGAAAAUUAGCGCAAGACUAGCCGUGAGGGCUUAGUUAUGUGUUGUCUGUCCUCAUCCUCAUCCUUUUCUGUUCUGUGUUAUAAAAUGCAAAGGUUCUUUUACAGGCCAAAUUAAGCAGCUUUUUAGCAGCAGGGGUAUGAGGGGAGAGGUUGAAAACCCCACCCACUUCACACACUUCCUUUGCAGGUUAUUAUUUAUUUACAGUAUUUAAAAUGUGCAUAACCUGCCUUUCAGGGUCAAAAUCAAUAGCUGAACUGCAGCAGGCCUGUUAAGAGCCUUAAUCACAAGAAAGCAGCAGUGAAUCGAUAAGUUUUUAUGGCCUUGUGUAUCACGACAAAAGCAGAGUUCCACACAGCUGGAAAAUGGUUCCAUGUCCACAGUUUGUAAAACAAAGCACACAAAAAUGCAAGGACAAACUAUGUUUGAUAUGUGGUCUUUAAAUUCCCCUGUUGUUGGGAAUGGAGUGCAGCUUGUCAUGGGGUGAGGUAGGUUCUCUCUUUUUAGCAUUAUGAAAUCCUAAGAUCUAACAUUAACAGGAAAUAAAGUAGAGAGACAAUGUUAGAGAGUCCCUUCUUAUACAAUUGCAUUACAUACUUACAUACUCCUUCAUCCCUGAAAGGAGCAAACCUAAAACUUGCUUCUAGUUUGAACAAGCUGGUUGUAGAUGUGUUUUGCUUGCCACAGAAGUGCCACUUUGAAGUUUCUUUUCUGUGUCUCUGUGAUGCUCUCCGUUUCAUACACAGGCAAAGGAAUUAAAUACUGUAUGCCUACUUUUACUAUUUACACUAUUAGGAGGCUUUAAAUACAGGUCUGAGGGACGCGGGUGGUUCUGUGGGUAAAACCUCAGUGCCUAGGACUUGCUGAUUGUAAGGUCGGCGGUUCGAAUCCCCGCAGCGGGGUGAGCUCCCGUCGUUCGGUCCCAGCUCCUGCCCAACUAGCAGUUUGAAAGCACCCCUAAGUGCAAGUAGAUAAAUAGGUACCGCUUUAUAGUGGGAAGGUAAACGGCGUUUCCGUGUGCUGCGCUGGUGCUGGCUCGCCAGUUGCAGCUUCGUCACGCUGGCAACGUGACCCGGAAGUGUCUUCGGACGGCGCCGGCUCCCGGCCUCUUGAGCGAGAUGAGCGCACAACCCUAGAGUCGGGCACCGUACGGGCAGGGGUACCUUUACCUUUACCUUUAACUACAGGUCUAGAAACAAACUAUUAAAAACGGGCAUUAACGUGUUUCCAAUUUUGUUGCUCUGUCUAUAAAGUCAAUAAGUCCGAAGUAGAUUAUUUAGGACCACCUGAAAAUAUGUGGUUGCUCACUGCACUCCGGUAUAUUAUAUAUUUUUGAUGUAGUCAUCAUUUUGAGCAAGAUAAUUGCAUUAAUAUGUCUGUAACAUCUAACAUAAAUGUCUUCACUUUUUUGCUGCGGGACAAAAAUGUGAAGAAUUAACUGAUUCUGAAAUCUAAUAUGCAGAAGCAGUGUCUCUGUUUGUUUGAAGCAGAGGCAUAAUGCAUCGAUCAAUUUGUACCUGGAACUUGCCCAGCUUAAUGAAUUAUAGCCUGUUUUAUCUCUGCUAAAGUGGUGAGCCAAUCUAGCAUGAGCUGUUCUGUCUCAAGCUUAUAAAAAGGUCUGACUAUUUCCACAAAAAGAGUGGACACUUAGUACUGUGAUUCAUCUUGCUUGUUCUAAGGAGCAUAAAGUCCUUCUUUUUUAAUGGUCCUCAUGCCUUUGGAUGAGGUCUAAUCCUGUGCAAGGUCUCUGCUCUUUAUUACUUUGGACUGCAGAUUGGAGGCCCAUGUGGUCUUUUUAAAAAAGAAAAUAAUCCGCCCCACAGAAAGCUAGCAUGUCAGGGAGAAAGGCUCCCAUAUCUCCUAGUUUUCAGAAUGCAGGGAGUUCAGUAUGCACAAGGAAAUAGGUUCCCCUUCUCCUGACAUGCUAGGUUUCUAUAUGCAAGGAAGGAUUUGCAUGGAGGAGUGUUCCGUUUUGUGAGGCUCCACACGGAGCCUGAAGUGGUUUGGCCAAUAACAUAGACUUACCAUCUUAGUGUAAGGGACGCGAGUGGCGCUGUGGGUUAAACCACAGAGCCUAGGACUUGCCAAUCAGAAGGUCGGCGGUUCGAAUCCCCACGACGGGGUGAGCUCCCGUUGCUCGGUCCCUGCUCCUGCCAACCUAGCAGUUCCGAAGCACAUCAAAGUGCAAGUAGAUAAAUAGGUACCGCUCCGGCGGGAAGGUAAACGGCAUUUCCAUGCGCUGCUCUGGUUUGCCAGAAGCGGCUUAGUCAUGCUGGCCACAUGACCCAGAAGCUGCACGCUGGCUUCCUCGGCCAAUAAAGCGAGAUGAGCGCCGCAACCCCAGAGUCGGUCACGACUAGACCUAAUGGUCAGGGGUCCCUUUACCCUUUACCUUUACCAUCUUAGUGAAGCCCUUUCCCCUCUCCUUCCAAAUUUUGCCUCAUUACCUGAAGCACUUUCCCCCUAGUAGUUCUGGUUCUGGAAGUUAGUUGGGUUAAGGGAGGAGAAGAAGUCUAGGGAAGGCUUAGUUCUCUUCACCCGCAUGCCCCCUUUCCAGUGAAAGUAAAAACAGACACCUCUGCUUUAUCCAUGAGCAGGAUCUCUCGGCAUAGACCUCUCUGCUUAUUCUAUUUCUAUGUUUAGAUGGUGUGUAUUCUUCUCCCCAUUUUAUCCUCCUAACAGCAACCCUGUGAGGUAGGCUAGGCUGAGAGUCGGGGACCAUCCCAAGUUCACCCAGCGAACUUCAUGGCUGAGUGUGGAUUUGGACCCUAGUCUCCCAGUUCCUAGCCCAGCGCUCGAACUUCUCUCCCCAUUGCAUACCCGCUUCCCAGCCCGUGCUUUUCGGUGGUCUGACUUUGCACCCUCCUGGAGUGUUUUUGCCUGGCUGGAAUUUGCCUCUCGCUUGUCUUGAUGGAGGGCAUGUGUCAAUGUGUGUAGGAACUAGCCAAGCUCAGAUAAAUAAAAUUUACAUCCUUGAGCCGUCCACUUUCCCCCAUGCUUCGUGUAAACAUUGCUUUGACUGCUUUUGAAUAACUUUUUUAAAAUUCAGAAGAAAUGUACAUUCCUUUUUUUUAAAAAAAAAUCAUUUUUAUUAAUUUUCCAAUAAAAAACAUCCAAUCAACAUAUCCAAUCAUAAACCAAUUAAAACAAAAAACUAAAAUAAAAAAGACCAAUUAGAAUCCAAAUUGUAAUUAUUAAUUUUUCGGGCCUCCCCAUAGUCUGGACCUCUGAAGCAUAUCUCCAAAUCUCAGUCCUGCCUCUCCUUGUUGUUUUCAUAUUUUCCACAUUCCGAUUUUAACGCUUUAACGUUCUCUGUCUCUGGCUCUACGAUUCUCAAUCAUGUCAGAAAUCAUAUAUCCUUUCAUCCGUCGAAUAUAGCUUUAUCUGUGUCUGUAUAUUUUUCCAACUGUCUAUUUGCCAGCGCAGCUUCCCCUGACUCCAUUCCAGUCUGGGCUGUUGUCCAAGUCUGUUAUCUGAAGUUUCAUGACGCAGCAACUCCCAAGUCAUUAAUCCUUCCAAUCCGGGCUGUUAUCCAAACCUUCCUUUUGAGAUUUAAUGACACAGUACCUUCCACAUUGUUGAGUUGUUUUUAUAAAUUGUUGGGAAAACUGUUUGCAAUAUUGCAGUGUAAAUAAAGUGUAUUCCACAGUCAUUUGACCGAUCGAUUGAUCGUCAGAAAUGUACAUUCCAAGAUGAUACGGCUACUGCAGUGUAACAUACUCUCUCGUGCCCCCGCCUUCAUUUUCUUUUUUGAAAAAAAUGUUAAUAAUAACUCCCCCUGAGUGUUAGGGGCUGGCUGGAGACGAAUAAUGUAAAUGCACCAGCUGGCUCUAAUAUUUAUUUAUUUUAUGGAAUUUAUACACUGCUAGAUUGUAAAAAAUAAAUAAAAAUAAACCUGUAAAUGGUUUACAGGAAAUAUAAAACAAUGAUUUUAUCAAUAAGAAAUAUUAUUGCAAAAAUAGAAUAUAUUUAGCUAUGCCUUCCCUUCCCCCCUGACAGGGACUCAAGGCAGCUUGCAGAUAAAAUAAGAAGAGAACAAGAAUUAACAACAAUAAUUUGGAAAAGCUCAAACUAACAAUAAACCAAAAACAGAUUGAAACUCAACAUCAGUGUACACUGGGUCCCACUGAUGGGAAACAUUUGCUCCCUAGAUAAGCGCCUUUGUACAGUGCUAACGAUUAGUUUGAACUGGCCGGCUGCCCUUGUGAUAAGAGGUUUCCCCUCAGAAACCAGCAAUCGUCCGUGACUCAGAUAAAUACCGUCUUCCAGAUACCAAAAAUUAUUAGCUGUGUGAAAUCGAGACGCGUAAUGCAAUUAGGAAGGGGAAAGCCAUUGGUGCCUCUGGUCUGAUUGAGCGGAAAUCACAUCUGUCCAGGAAAAAAAUGGGUGUGAGAACUUUUCCACAUAAAAUGAGGCAGGGAGCUGUAGGAAGCCGACCUCUGACUUAGCGAACCUGGGGUUGUAUUCAACCAAGCCCUGCUCAGAGUAAUCCCGUUGAAAUUAAUGCACCUACUUUGUGACCUAUGGGUUUACUCUGGGUAGAACUAGCAUCCCAGGGUGCAGGUCCUCAGUCAGCCAUCAAGAUUACUGGGCGACCUUGGGCCAGCCAAUGUCUCUGAGCUACCCUGCCUCACAGGAUUGUUGUGAAGAUAAAAUGGGAAGGAGGAGAAUCAUGUCUGUCACCAGUUCCACAGGGCGGGUGCCACCACCAAGAAGGCCCUCUGCCUGGUUCCCUGUAACCUCACUUCUCGCAGUGAGGGAACCACCAGAAGGCCCUCAGAACUGGACCUCGGUGUCCGGGCAGAACGAUGGGGGUGGAGACGCUCCUUCAGGUAUACUGGGCCGAGGCCGUUUAGGGCUUUCAAGGUCAGCACCAACACUUUGAAUUUUGCUCCGAAAUGCACUGGGAGCCAAUGAAGAUCUUUCAGGAUCAGCGGUCUCAGCGGCUGCCCCCAGUCACUAGUCUAGCUGCUGCAUAUGAUAUGAUAUGAUAUGAUAUGAUAUGAUAUGAUAGCCAUCUUCAAAUAUCUCAAGGGCUGUCCUAUGGAAGAUGGAGCAAGCUUGUUUACUCCUGCUCUGGAGGGUAGGAUUUGAACCAAUGGCUUCAAGUUACAAGAAAGGAGAUUUGGACUAAACAACAGGAACAACUUUCUGACAGCAAGAGCUGUUUGACAGUGGAACGGUCUCCCUCAGGAGGUGCUGGACUCCCCUUUGUUGGAGGUUUUCCAGCAGCGGUUCAAUGGCCAUCUGUCAUGGAUGCUUUAGCUGAUAUUCCUGCAUUGCAGGGGGUUGGACUAGAUGGACUCUUGGGGUCUUUUCCAACUCUAUGAUUCCCCCUGUCCCAGCACCAUGGCUCCCUUCUGCAUCCUGGGAUUGCCACAAUUGCACUUACACCCCAUCCCCCCAAAAUAAAAAUGUUGAAGGGGAUUCAAUCGCAGCUGUAUCCCUUUUCAAAUCAUCGCUUCCCCCUGCAUCCGUGGCUUGCCAAGUCCACAUCUUUCUGAUUUCCUCCUCGUCUGAACUGCUGUGGCUUUUCAACUUACUUCCUACUUACCUGUUUGCUGAGGAUUCCUCCCCCAGGAAAGCUGGGCCAGUGCUUUGUGUGGAGUAAGUGACCACAUUAGUGAGAGUUAAGUGGUUGCCCCCACUUCUGCUUGUCCCGCUGCUCCCCCCCCCCACCGGGAAAACCCGCUGUUCACCGCUGAAUCAGAAUAAACAUGUUAUGUACUGAGUUGCAUAGGAUCCAAAAUGCAGCACUCUGAUUGGUCCUAGAACAAUAGGAUUCAGAAUGCAGCAGUCUGAUUGGUCCUAGAACAAUAGGAUUCAGAAUGCAGCAGUCUGAUUGGUCCUCAGGAGCCACCCAAUCCAACUCCAGGUGGAAGUGAAUCCGCAACCUGAUUGGCCUACAGGAGAAUCCCAGAAUUAGCCAAUCACCUGGGGCCCAUUGUGUAAAUAAUGUACAGUGGUACCUCGGGUUACAUACGUUUCAGGUUACAUACGCUUCAGGUUACAGACUCUGCUAACUCAGAAAUAGUGCUUCAGGUUAAGAACUUUGCUUCAGGAUCAGAACAGAACAGAAAUCGUGUUCCUGCGGUGCGGCGGCAGCAGGAGGCCCCCAUUAGCUAAAGUAAUGCUUCAGGUUAAGAACAGUUUCAGGUUAAGAACGGACCUCCAGAACGAAUUAAGUACUUAACCUGAGGUACCACUGUAUAUAAAGCAGACAUUUCGGGGAACUUCCAUUCCUCACUACUAUGAGCUGAAUAAAGAGCAUGAAAUCCACACAUUAAUUGGUCAAAACAUUAAUUGGUUUUUCUGCGGAUAGCAGCUUGUUCCGCUUCAGCAGUAAAUAGCGGGUUUUCUAAGAGAAAACUGUGUGACAAAUGAAAAACUACUUGGACUCAUGCGUAGACAGCACAGGACAAGUGGGGGAAAAAAUCUCUUGGGCUUUGUGGGUGAGCCCUAAGCCUGAAACCACUGCAAGACGUCCUUGUUUUGCCAGGCUGGUAUGUGGCACACUUGACUCAACCUUGCACGCUCAUAUUCACACGCUCACCUGGGGCGAUUAGCAGUAGCCCCUAGGUGAGCAGGGGCUUGGCAAGUGCCCUGCCCCAUUUUCCCCACGCUACCUCAUUCCCCCAACUCCUGCUUGCCCCCAUGGUUUAAAGCACCGGGGCAACUAUUCUUACCCUUGGCAAAAAGAAAUUUUAAAAAGCAAACAAACCCAAUGUGUGUGUUCUCCUUGUGUUGAAAAACUAAAUUAAGAAAUUAAUUUGAAGGACAAGUAGAAAGUCCGAAUUCAUUAUGGUUUAAUCGGCAUUUAUUUUAAAUUAUGAGUUCAAGGACAGAGUUCGGGAGAGAAUAAGUAAUGGCUAAUUAGAUUGUACCGGGGCCAGAUGACACUUGUAUCAUAUUUCAUUUGUUCCUCCCCCUGCAACGGGAGAGGAAUCCUGUUCCACAGGUUGCUCAUUAACUGGAGACAGGUAAAUUAAUUUGUUGGGAGGAGUACCUUCUGUUGGCUUUAUAUCAUGGCUAAAUAUAUUUGAAGGUGCUUAGCCUCCUCUAAUGGAUGCCUGUCAAUAAUGCAAAGCAGAACGUAGAGGUAAUUGCUGUCAAAUUGGGAUCUAAGGACCAGCGUUAUUUGAGGUGCACCCCCCCCCCCCCGUAGCAAUUGACGAAUCUGUCUAGAGUUGCCUUUCAGACUGUGUCCAGGGAAAUCGCCUUUCAGGGGGGUUUAUUGGAUAACUCCGGCUGAUUCACAGCUUCUUCACUGAGGCAUUGCAGUGCAAAACUUCAAAGCAUUAGUUAAUUAGUUCCAUUAAAAGCCGAGUGGCAAAUAAGCUCCAAAAUCUUUUUGUUGGUUGACGGGUUCUAAAAACCUUCAACCUAGCUCAAGUUCUCCUGUUUGAAUUGUCUGUGUACUAAUGACAUCUCUUCAAUAAAUUGGAUUUGAUACAGAUUUCUGCUAUAGAUCUUUCUUGACCGAUUAAUUCCAGCAGGCCAGCUGGGUUUUGUCCCCAGUCACCUAAGCGCUCUUCAGAAAGCAGCUUGUGUUUCUGUUAGCAACGAAGUUUCCGUUGCUUCUGUUGCCAGGCUGUAAAUGAAUAAAUUUGGCCACAGGUCCCUCUGAACUAGCGUGAUUCAAAAGAAAACUUCUUAUUCAUAUUCUUUUUUACUUUGAUUUGUUUUUAAAGGGCCUACGCAGCAAAGGUUUGGAGAUGUGCACCAAAUUUGUGAUUUAUAAAACAAAGUCACUUCUCUCUCCCAUAAUACCUGCAUCUUAAAGCGGGCAGCUAAGAGAGAUGGAUCUCAAGGCAGACUAAAAAUAAAAAGGCACAAUCGGUUCCCACGUUGCUGUUGGAACUUUCCAAAGGACAUUUGGAGGUUUUUACAUUCCUGGCAAUGGAUUUUAUUUUUUUUAAAGAGCAAUUUAUGGCAGUAACCUCCCCUUGUAUAAUAGCGACCUGAAUCUUGAUUUCAAAGCCGUACUUAAUAUAGAUAGAUAAUUUAUUACGGUCAAAGACCAGCUCGCAUAACACAAUAAAAACAGCGUUCAUAAAGAUAAAAUAUACAAUUAGAGCAGAUUGCAGCAAUAGCUCAUGUGUUAAAAUUGAGAUAUAUACAUACAACCCGUACAAUUUGGGCUACCAUAAAAAUUGACCCUGAGGCACCCCAAAGGACGACUUCAGCUUUUCCCUAAUAAGCUAUUUUAUUCUAGAGGAUGAUCUGUGCCUACAAAUCUGGGCGCAGAAUCUGGCUACCAGCCAGGUCGUCUUGUGAUCUUUGCCCAAGAGGAGAGAAUUAAGUUUAGACUUUUCUGAAAGAUGGGCGAGCCUCUUCAGCAAAGGGUCAGUGGUAUCUUUACAAAUCUCAGCAUAAAAAGGACGCCUAAAAAUAUAUAUGUUCGGGGCUUCCUAUUUCCCCUAAUAGGCAGGCGCAAAGUCUCUGUGUGUACAGGACUUUUCCAUAGGAGCCUUCCAGUUCCGAUGAGGGCAAGGCCGAGCUUCUAGCAAGAGUUAAAGCCCUUCUUGCAUUUCUGGGUGCGAGGAAAUAGAGAUAUGUUGCUGCAAUGGCUACGUAUCUCCCGUUUUCUAAGACAGCUGGACAUAUAAAGGGCCCCAUUACCUUCAGUAGCUUAGGGCCUCAUCAAACUUUUAUAACCACUUCCCCAACUCACUAGUUUAUAAUUGAUUAACAUAAUGUUGUGCCUAGAACUUUGACUGCUUCCCCUGCUAAUUAAUCAAUAACUUGAGACAUGGAACAGUAUGCUAUUCAAAAGAGGCCUCCACCAGAAUUUCAUUUCAUUGGUGUUUAAAAUAUGUUGGCAUCUCGCUCCUUCCCCUGCCACAUUUAAUAUUCUAUAAAAUGACCUAAGGAAACCAGAUAAAAUUAUUCCAGGGCCCAAAUGAGACCAAUGAAACACCGCUUCGCCACCCCUGCUAUGGCAUAUCAAAGAAAGCCCCCCCUUUCCCCCUGUUGAAAAAUUCAGCAUUUAUAGGCAUGGCCUCUGCUUCAAACCAUGCGCCCAAGCUUGCAAAACAAUACUUAAGACUCAUAGAUGCUGCUGUUGUUAUAGUGCCUGGAUAGCUCAGCUGGUUAGAGCGUGGUGCUGAUAACACCAAGGUUGCAGGUUCCAUCCCCGUAUGGGGCAGCUGCAGAGUCGUGCACUGCAGGCGGUUGGGCGAGAUGAUCUUUAGGGUCCCCUCCAACUCGUAAGAUUCUAUUUAUAUUGUGCCAUGCAUAUGAUGCUUUACUAAAGUCCCUACUGCAAAGGGCUAGCAAUCUUAAAAUAUACCCAAGGAAGCAACAGAGGAAGAAUGGUAGAAUGUACCCUACGUACCCCUUCCCUGAAAUGAGAUUGUUUCAGUUACAGGUACUUUGGUUUAGCUACAGCAGGGACGUCCCACUCCCAAUAGACUGCAAUCUACUCACAGUAUAAAAAAAGGGCAGUGAUCUACCCAUUGUCGUUGAAUGGACCAAAGUUCUUGAGCUUCUUUGGGUGGACCAAAGUUGUUAAGCUUCUUUUAGGAAGCCAAAGUUGUUGCUGGGCGACCAAAGAUCUACCAGGAUCUACCAGGAAUGCACCACAAUCUACCAGUAGAUCACGAUCUACCUGUUGGACAUGUCUGAGCUACAGUAAGAACAUAAGAAGAGCUCUGCUGCAUCGGGCCAGUGGCCCACCUGGUCCAGCAUCCUGUGGCCAACCGCAGCAUCCUUCCCCGCUUCUGUGCUUUCUAUAGCUGACCUUCGGAAGCAUUGCUGCCUUUGACCAUGGAGGCUGAACAUAGCCAUCAUGGCUCGUAGCCGUGGAUUAGCCCUUGUCUUCCGUGGAUUUUCCUAAGCCGUCCAAGUAGGUGUUGAUCACUACAUCUUGUGCGAAUGAAUUCCACAGGUUAGCUGUGCAGAGAAAUGCCUUCUUUUGUCUAUUCUGAAUCUUCCAGCAUUCAGCUUCAUUGGACGUCUCUGAGCCUCUAGGGCAGCCUUUCUCAACCUGUGGAUCCCCAGAUGUUGUUGAACUACAACUCCCAUCACCCCUAGCUAGCAAGGCCAGAGCUCAGGGAUGGUGGGAGUUGUAGUCCAACAACAUCUGGGGACCCACAGAUUGAGAACUGCUGCUCUAGGGUUAUGAGAAUUAAAUUUGUGAUUUCUGCAACUCGGCAAGCUAUGGCACACGAUGGACAUGGGUGGCACUGUGGUCUAAACCACUGAGCCUCUUGGGCUUGUCGAUCGGAAGGUCGGCGGUUUGAAUCCCCGCGGCGGAGUGAGCUCCUGUUGCUCUGUCCCAGCUCCUGCCUGCCUAGCAGUUCAAAAGCACACCAGUGCGAGUAGAUAAGUAGGUACCAUUGUAGCGGGAAGGUAAACAGCGUUUCUGUGCGCUCUGGUUUCCAUCACGGUGUCCCGCUGUGCCAGAAGCAGUUUAGUCAUUCUGGCCACACGACGUGAAAAACUGUCUGUGGAUAAACGCCGGCUCCCUUGGUCUGAAAAGUGAGAUGAGCGCCACGCCCCAUAGUUGUGUUUGACUGUACUUAACCGUCCAGGGGCCCUUUACCUGUACCUGUUUUUUUACUGUAGUCGUGCCGCACCCUUAUAUAGUAAAGGUAAAGGGACCCCUGACCAUUAGGUCCAGUCGUGGCCUUCUCUGGGGUUGCGGCGCUCAUCUCGCUUUAUUGGCCGAGGAAGCCAGCGUGCAGCUUCUGGGUCAUGUGGCCAGCAUGACUAAGCUGCUUCUGGUGAACCAGAGCAGUGCACGGAAACGCCAUUUUAGCUUCCCGCCGGAGCGGUACCUAUUUAUCUACUUGCACUUUGACGUGCUUUCGAACUGCUAGGUUGGCAAGAGCAGGGGCUGAACAACGGGAGCUCACCCCAUUGCAGGGAUUCAAACCGCUGACCUUCUGAUCGGCAAGCCCUAGGCUCUGUGGUUUAACCCACAGCGCCACCCGUGUCCCUUGCACCCUCAUGUACGCAGCCACAAAGUGCCAGGAGUAAAGCAAAGCACUAAUGUUCCUUCCCACCCCCGUCUCUUAGCUCUUUUUCAUUCCUCCAAAUGGUGUCCCUGCCUUGCUCGUAGACCGAGUUGUUGUUGUUUUGAAAGGCUAUAUGUGUUAUCUAGCCAGCAUGAAAAAGCUUAACUAUCCAUAAAGGGUUUUCUUGUACCUCUGUGUGUUGCCAGCGUGAAACAAGACUGCCCUCUUUGUAACGUGUAACGUAAUGUUUUCUUUCUCCAGGCAAACCAUACAGAAUGUUCUCCAGAUUGAGAAUAGCUUCCGCUCCCUGCGUGUCGGCAUGUCGCAGAGUACAUACAAAAGAAAAAGGGAAGGUCUUGAUGCUGAACCCGAGAACAAAUAAGGUCGGUCGCAUGGAAUGUCUUUCACGUCCGUUCUUGAAUUGCUAUCUGUGCUGUGGAUCUUACCCAGAGCUAAAAGCGUCUGCAAGAGCAGGGGGGAGGGGUUUUUUGUGCUGAGACUCGUAGCCUACACCCUCAAAAGAAAAGACCAAGGCUGGUGCAAUUCUUACCCACAAUUACCUGGGAGUAAACUCCAUUGAAUUCAGUAGGAUUGACUUCUGAGUAGGUGUGGUUCAGAUUGUGUCGUAAAUGAGAUAGAAGCCUUACUUUAAGCAAAGCCUGAAUGACCGCAUCUAACUUUGCAUAUCUUUAUUACCGGUAGUUUGAAUGGAAGGGCGACAACGUAGAGAAUCACAACAAAUCUUCCUCUUGUAAUAUGAGUACAGUGGUACCUCGGGUUAAGUACUUAAUUUGUCCCAGAGGUCCGUUCUUAACCUGAAACUGUUCUUAACCUGAAGCACCACUUUAGCUAAUGGGGCCUCCUGCUGCCGCCGCAUCACGAUUUCUGUUCUCAUCCUGAAGCAAAGUGCUUAACCUGAAGCACUAUUUCUGGGUUACUGGAGUCUGUAACCUGAAGCGUAUGUAACCUGAACCGUAUGUAAGCCGAGGUACCACUGUACAGUCGUACUGUGGCUCCCGAACGCCUUGGGAGUCGGAGGUUCUGGCUCCUAAAUGAUCAAAAAUCGGAAGUGAGUGUUCCGUUUUUUGAACUUUUUUUUGGAAGCCGAACGUCUGCCAUGGCUUCCGCUAUUGUUUCUGGUGCGCCUGCGCAAUUGAGAACCGAUUGGAAGCCGCACCUUGGUUUCCGAACUUUUCAGAAGUCGAACGGACUUCCGGAACGGAUUCCAUUCGACUUCCUAGGUACGUCUGUAUACGAGUACAGUGGUACCUCGGGUUACAUACGCUUCAGGUUACAUACUCUUCAGGUUACAGACUCUGCUAACCCAGAAAUAGUGCUUCAGGUUAAGAACUUUGCUUCAGGAUGAGAACAGAAAUCAUGCUCUGGUGGCGCAGCAGCAGCAGGAGGCCCCAUUAGCUAAAGUGGUGCUUCAGGUUAAGAACAGUUUCAGGUUAAGUACGGACCUCCAGAACAAAUUAAGUACUUAACCCGAGGUACCACUGUAUAAUACUGGUGGUGGUAGUGCAUUGUGCUUGUGUUGGUGCAGUGUCAUGGAAUACUUAACUGAUCGGGAAACACAGCAGUUUGCAGUCCUUCCAUAAGGGAAGGAGACAUUGUCAGUGUGGCUGGGAUCAAAACUUUUCACGUGGCAGGUGCAGGGCUGGUAGGGAAAACACAGGGAACUGGUCAGCUAGAGGAUAGAGGAAUCUAGUGACAAGGAAUGGCACAGGGAGAAGUGAGACGAGAAGAAGAAGCUGUGGGAGAAUGAAUCUUGAGAGAAAGGGUAGAGAAGAGGAAAAGUUUGCAUCAGAGAAGAGGUUCAUCCCAUGUGGUUUAAGAUUAGCACUUAGGGAAUUGGGUUAUUUAAGGUAAGUAACUUUUAAAGCAGGCCUUUUCUCAACAACACUCUCCACAUACUUUUGGUCUACUGCAAAGUUCCUAACUAAUGAAUGGAAAGUAACAAGAAGUGGGGUGGGUGCUGGGUGUCUGCUAAAUACGGGGCUCAUUUCCUUGAAAACUCAGUGGUUCUUGGCUAAAUUUGACUUUCAGAAGAAUGUCACCUGGCUGCCUUAUUGCCAGCCCAGAGCCAAGAGAGGAGUAAUGGGUACGGCAAUAGGUUUGGGUGUCAGCUGCCCCAACUGACCCACUGUCCCCUUUCCAAAGUGUCUUACCACAAAACUUGUGGCCCUCUAGUUAGCUGGUCUCCAACCUAUAGCCUGCUCUACAAUGGGUCACAGCCGCAACACUACAAUGGUACAAGUAUAUGGUGUUUGUUUAAAAGUGGAUCCCCAAAUGCAUGUUUGAUCUAAAGGUGGCUCUCACUUCUGAAAAGGUUGCUUGAGAUGUCACUGGGACUGCAGCUCCCAUCAUCCUUGACCAUUGGCUGUGCUCGCUGAGGCUCAUGGGAGUUGGAGUCCAACGACAUUUGGAGGGUCACGGGGAGGUAGGGCAGGAUGCAGCUCUGACAGACUGAUCUCUUCCCCCCACGCCAGAAAAAGAGUUACGAUUCUGUUGACAGGAAAAAUAAGAAGCAAUUCCGUGUGACAAGACGAUAGGAGUGAUGAACCCCGAGGUCACUGCUGGGUUUAUUGUUCAAUCCGGCAGUUUUUAUUGAGGCUGAGUCAUAAGAGGAUUAAGAAUGAAGUCGAGACAGAUAGCUGUCAAAAGGCGUAGCUGGGGUUGCUGAGAGGGAAUAGGCUCUGGAAAAUAAAAGUGCUAAAUAAUGGCUGCCUGGUUCUCUUCUGCCCCCUCCCCCCAAAAAAGGACCCUUGCCCAUUUCAACAAUAAUAUUUUAAUAUUUCUUAUUUCUUAAACAGAUGUUUGUUGAGCAUCUGGAUAAGCCCUAAGUAGGCCAUAUUGAAGCUCAAUCUUCUGAAAAAGGAGGGCCUCUGAACACUAUUUCAAAUCUCUGAAGAGACUGAACAAGAUGCCAUCUGAGAUUAGUGACCCCGACUUUCCUUCAAAAAACAAUAUCCUUCAUUACUCUCCAAGCCUCUUCAUCCUUGGCAGAUUAAAAUUGAGGAAACUAUGGGCCCUGUUAGCUCAAUCAGAUGUCAGGCUCACUGAGAUUCAGCUUUGCUAAAAAAAAUAAAACCCAACUAGAUGGUACUGAGAAUUGCCAGGAAUUGUUUUGGCUUGUUGAAUUAGAUUAGUGUUGGUAUAAUCAUCAUCAUCAUCAUCAUCAUCAUCUAUUAUUUAUUAUUUAUACCCCGCCCAUCUGGCUGGGCUUCCCCAGCCACUCUGGGCGGCUUCCAACAAAACACUAAAAUACAGUAAUGCAUCAAACAUUAAAAGCUUCCCUAAACUAGAACAGGGGUGCUUGUUUUUAUUUUCCUUAGCAUUCUUAUGAUGAAGGAAAUCUUAAGAGUAGGGCCGCGGAUACUGGUUGCUAGGAAACAAGAUUGAGAGGGGCCUGUUUCGCUCAUGUCCUGCUUGUGGUCUCCUGGACUAAAUAGAAUCCUGGACUAGCGCUAGGCGAGAUCAGCCUUUCAACAUCAAGAUGUAUCACCAGCCAAACAUUGCAAUAUGUAUCCCCAGCCAACACAUUGCAGUGUUGAAAAGCAGAGGGAGGAACGAGUUGCAUCGGCCCUGGCCCUGCAAGGCGCCAGGGUGAAACCGCCUCAGCUCCCUUGGCGGGUGCUGGUGCUUAGCUGUCAACCGUCCCUUAUUUGGCGGGAAAGUCCCUUAUCCCAGCGCGGUGUCCCGCUGCUGUCCCUUAUUGAUGGUGUCCCUUAAAUUUCCCGGGUUUCAAAGGAAGCAGCUCCUUUCCCUCCCUCCCUGCCGGCCAGGGAGGAGAGAGGCUCCAACUGUGUUGCUUGGCUGCGUUGCUCACCCAAUAAGGAGUCUAAGAACGACUGGGGGGUGGAGCUUGCAUGCCUUGUGCCGAUCAAAUCGGCCGUGUUGCUUGGGGACUCACCUUUGCUCAGCGCUUCCCAGCGGAGAGGUGACGGUGGUUUCCCUUGCUGCAUCCCCUUUGCCAGGUUGCUGUGCUAUGGGAACCACCGCUUGAGGCUUCGUUUGGCUGCUGGCUGGGCUUUCUGCCUUUGGCUCGGAGGGGCUCAGAAGUUGAGCAUACCUGUGCUCUGAAAAAUCCCUUAUUUUGGCUGCUGAUCCCUUAUUUUCGAGGCUGCUGGUCCCUUAUUUUCAAAUCUGUAAGUUGACAGCUAUGUGCUGGUGGCGAAGAGAGUUCCUCUACUGCUAGCACGCCAAAUGAGAAACAAGUUGCAUUGGCUCCAUCGCUGGCAGAUGGCCAUUGAACUUCUGCUUAAAAACCUCCAAGGAAGGAGAGUCCACCACACCUUUCAAGGGAGUCCGUUACAUUGCAGAACAUCUCUUCCUGAUGUUGAGUCGGAAUGUCCUUUCUUGUAACUUGAAUCCAUUGGUUUGAAUCCUUACCUCCAGGGCAGGAGAAAACAAGCUUUCCCCCUCCUCCGUGUGACAGCCCUUGAGAUAUUUGAAGAUGGCUAUCAUCUCUCCUCUCAGUCUCCUCUUUGCCAGGCUGAAUAGCGUCUGACUUCUCUUGUUCCUCUCGAUCUCCAGGGUAUGGCUUUUACGUUAAAAGAACGUCAAAUGCUUGGCCUCCAGGGACUUCUACCUCCGAAGUUUGAGACGCAAGACAUCCAAGCCUUACGGUUUCACAGGAACGUGGCAAAAAUGACCGACCCAUUGGAAAAGUAAGUGUGUGUUGGUAGGCACUUAGUCUUGUAUCAUUCAUUCUCGAGUUUUUAUUGCUAUUGCUGUUGUAGCUUGGACAUGUGUCGCGGCUCCAAAUCCAUGGGGAAAAGCCAGUUUGGCCCAAACUCAGCUUUUGAAAGUAGCCGGUUGACUCAGGCCUUAAAAAAUGUCUGAUAAGAGAACACUCAACAGUGCCUAAACACGUCCAUCGAACGACAGACAUUACAUUCACAGCAUGCUAUAAUCUCAGGGAAAAUACCAUGAAAAUGGUAUAUAGAUGGCAUCUUACCCCCAAAAAGCUUGCUAAAAUGUAUAAAAGGAAAACAUCAACCUGUUGGAGAUGUAAAAAAGAGGAGGGGUAAUUCUAUCAUAUGUGAUGGACCUGGGUAAAGGUAAAGGGACCCCUGACCAUUAGGUCCAGUCGUGACCGACUCUGGGGUUGCGGUGCUCAUCUCGCUCUGUAGGCCGAGGAGCCGGCGUUUGUCCGCAGACAGCUUCCGGGUCACGUGGCCAGCAUGACUAAGCCGCUUCUGGCGAACCAGAGCAGCGCAUGGUAAUGCCGUUUACCUUCCCGCCAGAGCGGUACCUAUUUAUCUACUUGCACUUUGACGUGCUUUUGAACUGCUAGGUUGGCAGGAGCAGGGACUGAGCAACGGGAGCUCACCCUGUUGCAGGGAUUCGAACCUCCAACCUUCUGAUCGGCAAGUCCUAGGCUCUGUGGUUUAACUCACAGCGCCACCUGCCUCCCCUGUGGACCUGUGUAGCCAUUGGCAAAUACUGGAAUGAUAUUUAUAACGAGUUUAAGAAACUAUUUAAAAUUACUUUCAAAAACCCCCCAGAGAUUUUCCUACUUGGUAUAUUACCAUCAGAAAUUAAAAAAUAUAUAAGAUCAUUGUUUAUGUAUGGUAUAACAGCAGCUAGAACCCUUAUAGCAAGGAAUUGGAAAAAUGAAUUUUCCUAGAGAUUACAGAUUAGCAGAUACUCAUGUUAGAAUAUCUACAAUGAGCAAAACUGACGGGAUCAGUUAGAGGAAUAUUGAAACAAAAAACAACUAGAGAACGGAUACUAUUUAAGAAUUAUGUAAAACUUUAUUGUACAAAUAACUCCAUAUUAGCAGAAAUUGAGUGAUAUUUGUAAAGAAAAAGAUCAAAGGAAUGUAUACAAAGCAGAAAGAAAUAAUAUUAUAUAAUGUAAACCUGUGUAAAAAAGAAUGUUAUAUCAAACAGUAUAAUGAGAAGGAUGGGAAGGAUUGUGUCGAUUAUGUAAAUAACUUUGUCUUUUUAAAAAAAUUUCUUUGUUUCUUAUCUUUGUUACUUCUUUUUUCCCCUUUCUUUAUAAAUUUUCUAUUUUAUAUAAUUUUCUUUUUUAUACCUGUGAAGAGAUAGUGCAUAAUGUUUGUAUAGACAUGCAAUUUUUUUAAUCAAUAAAGAAUAUUAAAACACACACACACACACAAAAAACCAAACACGUCCAUCGAAACGUCAUCAGGGCUUCCAUCAAAGCAUCUCUGACCAGGUAUAGGUCAUGUAUAAGUCAUUCUUCUUUCAACUCGUUCCCAUUUUCCAAAUAUACCCCUUUGAAGCCUUUGUUGCUUUGCUUCUUAUUAAAUAUAUUUACUAGUAAAGCAACCUGCUUUCUUUUCUCCAUUUCUGAGAUUCCCAGCCCUACUUGGACCUGGGACCUUCUGCAUGAGAUUUAGAUGCUGUGCCAUUGAGCUAGAGCCCUUGCCCCACCCUUGAUAUAAAUCUAAGAGUAAUUACUGUUUUGAGUGUUAAUAUGUAGGCACUUAGGAUCUGGGCAGUAACUGAAAGAUAGAUAACGUGCCCAUAAAGCAGUGUUCUGACUAAUAAAACAGCUCUCUUAUCAAGGGAGCGCCAUGUCCAUUGAGCAAAUGAUGAUUACACCGGAUCACGUUCAUUUCCACCGCCCUUUAAGUAGGUUUUCCCAUAAUCCUGAUCCAGUGUGUGUUUCUUGGAAGAAACUACCACUUGGUUCAUAGAGGUUACUUGGCAUUCAGCGAAUGCAACUGUUAAAUGCAAAAUAAAAACAAAAAGUUUAGUGUCGGUUGUAAAAACAACCUUGAAUUGGAGUCCAAAAUCCUGCAUUAGCUUAACUGGAAGUAACCUCCAUGAACAAAGUGUUCAGAGGUUUUCAGCCUUUUUGAGUCCACGGUUCCCUUGACCAACUGCGUUCUUUCUGCGGCACCCCCAUGGAGCCAUAUAUGUGUGUGUGUGUGUGUGUGUGUGUGUGUGUGUGUAUAUAUAUAUAUAUAUAUAUAUAUAUAUAUAUAUAUAUAUUAUGCCCUGCCCUCCCCAGCCAGAGCUGGGCUCAGGGUGGCUAACACCAGUAAAAUUACAAUAAAAAAAACCAAUUUAAAAUACAGGAUAAAAUAUAAUUUAAAAUGCAGCCUCAUUUUAAUAGUAGCCCAUAGAUCAGAACCAUAAGGGGAGGGAAACAUAAGGGUCAGACUGAGUCCAAACCAAAGGCCAGGCGGAACAGCUCUGUCUUGCAGGCCCUGCGGAAAGAUGUCCAGUCCCGCAGGGCUCUGGUCUCUUGUGACAGAGCGUUCCACCAAGUCGGGGCCAGUACUGAAAAGGCCCUGGCCCUAGUUGAGACCAAUCUAACCACCUUGCGACUUGGGACCUCCAAAGUGUUGUCAUUUGUGGAUCAUGUCUCCGCCCCCCUGCGUCGCGUUUAGUGUGUGUUCCUUUUUUGUAGUGCUGCACUCAUCUGUUAGCAGCUGUGUUGCUGGUGAGCAAUUUAUUCUAAUUUUGCACACUUAGUGUUUAAAAAAAGGUCAAGAAGCUCGACAACUUUGACUUGCCUCCUAAGAAAAGCUCAACAACUCUGAACUCCCCUCCCCUACUCCCAAUGGGCAGAUCACUGCCUUUUCCCCCCCUGGGAGUAGGCAGUCUUUUGGGAGUUGGACGUCCCUGCAAUAGAGUAUUGGCAGGGGAAGAGGGGAGGGGAGGAGAAACAGUCUACUUAAUUUUGUUUCCCCUUCUGGCAAUUUUUUGCUCAAAAUUCACCCCUCUUUUAAAGCUGCUUUUUGUUACACGGGGGGGGGGGGGGCGGACGGGGACGACGACAAUAUAUGGAAUACUUGUAUCUUUUCCCCUGUGGGUGAAAAGCAGCCUGCGGAUACUUUGAGCAGAAAGAUGAGUGGAAGGGAGAGAAUUAAGCAGCCCCUUCCCUUCUCUCACCCUCUACCCUUUUGCUGCCCUGCUGCUGAAAUUUAACGCCGCUUGUGUUUUUUGUUUUUAAAGAGAAGAGAUACUCAUCUAAGUGAAAUGAAUAGUUUCUCCCUGAGAAGGAUAGCACAGGAGAACCACAAAUUCAAAAAGCAAAAGGUGGAAAAAAGAAUGAUUUUGUUAUUGUUCUCCGUCUUUCAUUUCAGCUUCAGAGUAUUCCUCAUUAGUGGGAAGGUAUAUAAAUAAAUCUAAUCUUGCAUUUCCACUGUUUCAUUUACAGAUACAUCUAUGUGAUGGGCAUGCAGGAAAGAAACGAGAAGCUAUUCUACAGGGUAUUGCAAGAUGAUAUUGAGCAAUUAAUGCCAAUUGUUUAUACACCAACAGUAGGCUUAGCGUGUUCCCAGUAUGGACAUAUCUUUAGGAGGCCAAAGUAAGAACAUUUUUAUAUUCUGAUUUUUAUGUCUCAACCAAUGAAGCUUUUCAGAAUUUACAGUUGCUGUACCAUGGUGACUCAAGAGCUGUCUGUUUGCUUGCUUAUGUUACUUGAUAAAGCACCGUGUACAUGUGCUAUAAAAAAUAAACCAGGAGCCUGCAGCCAAAUAAUGGACUAAUUUUGUCCAAAUUGACAUCUUUAAUUUAUCUGUUUACCCUUUUCCUCAAGCCUUCCUCUUCUUCAUCUAUCUUUCCUUUAGAUUUGUGUUUGGUAGUCCAUUGCCUAAUCUGUUUCACAGUGGCAGUUGUUGAAUUCAGAGAUGUUGAUAAUAAUAAUAAUAAUAAUAAUAAUAAUAAUAAUAAUAUUGUUAUUUACACCCCACCCAUCUGGCUGGGUUUCCCCAGCCACUCUGGGCGGCUUACAGCACAUAAAAAAUUGUAAAAUAUUAGACAUUAAAAAUUUCCCGAUACAGAGUUGCCUUCAGAUGUCUUGUAAAGGUUGUAUAGUUACUUUUUCCCUUAAUAUCUGAUGGGCGGGCAUUCCACAGGGCAGGUGCCACUACUGAGAAGGCCCUCUGCCUGGUUCCCUGUAACCUCACUUCUCGCAGUGAGAGAACCGCCAGAAGGUCCUUGGAGCUGGACCUCAGUGCCCGGGCAGAACGAUGGCGGUGGGGACACUCCUUCAGGUAUACUGGGCUGAGGCCAUUUAGGGUUUUAAUGGUCAGCAGCAACACUUUGAAUUGUGCUCAGAAACGUACUGGGAGCCAAUGUAGGUCUUUCAGGUAUUAUAUGGUCUUGGCGGCCACUCCCAGUCACCAGUCUAGCUGCCGCAUUCUGGAUUAGUUGUAGUUUCUGGGUCACCUUCAAAGGUAGCCCCACGUAGAGCGCAUUGCAGUAGUCCAAGCGGGAGAUAACCAGAGCAUGCACCACUCUGGUGAGACAGUCUGCGAGCAGGGAGGGCAAGCAGAUAUUCUAUGAGCUAACUUCUCUGCACCCUUCCUUCAGCCCCAUCCUUUUGAGCUUUCCUACGUACUUGAUUUGAUUUCCAGUCUUCAACUUGCCCCACCAAGAUCCUCAUCCUCCUGUUCCUUUGGGGCUAAUGUGAGCUUUUCAACCCAGCAAAACAGACGACUUAGCCUUCCUGCACAGGUGACAAACAUCUGCUUUGCCUUUUGUGCAGCUGUGAAUUUCUGUUCGCAGAGAAUAGCGUGGAGAAGAGAAUGUUAGGACUGGUUUCCACUCCCCCAUCUUUCUCUCCCUGUUCAGUCCUAUACUUGAUCUAAACCCUAAGUCCUUCUGUCAGCUUAGUUUGCUGAUUUAUGAAGUUCUGUCUAAUUUUAUUUCAUGUGACAGAUUGAAGUUGGGGUGGAUUAAUUUCACAUUUCCCAAACUCCAUAACCUUUUAAUAAUGCAUUCCAAAAUUCCAAUCUAAUAUUCAUUGUGUCUUCUUCUUUUUUAAAAGCACUAUCUUUAGCUUGAUUUAUUAAUUGAGAGGGUGCCCUUUGCUAAGCUCACACUGCAAAGAAAAGGAAUGAUUUGAAUGCAUCAGUGAGUGAUAUGUUUCUAUUUUCUUGCAGAGGAUUAUUCAUUGCCAUAACAGAUAGGGGCCAUAUUAGAUCAGUUGUGAAUAACUGGCCAGAAAACGAUGUGAAGGUACGAUGCAUCCUCUUCUCAUAUGUGUGUGCUUCUCUUAAUUCCAGCUUUGCUUUUUCAGCAAUGGGGAAACUGGAUAGAUAAAUACCGGGGGUUAUUUGUCUUGCAGUCAGGGAUUUGUGUCAUGCAAGAACUAUGAAUAUUGCACAGCCACCUGGUGCCAUGUCUUGAUGAACAUGUCCUCCGCUUCUGGGUUUCUGAGUAUGAAACUUAGGAACGCAUCAAAACAGGACCAUUUUUGUGAGACCCACUGUGCUCACUCUUUGAGCCAAACAGCUAGGCUCCACCAGGUGGGGGAAAACUGAUUUAGGCAACUGUUUGCAUCUCCUUGCUUCUCUACAAUUGACAGAGCUUUCUAAAAUGUGUGUGCAUUGUGGGAAUGUUCAGGGAGGCAGGAGAGGAUAUAUUGUUUAUUAAUAUCCUUCAAAACUUGCGCUAGCAAGUUCUAUAACAGCAGAGUUUUACAUUCCCCUUUUAAACGCACAGCAGAUAGCUGGUUGCAGGCUUGUUUAAACCUCUCAAUAUUAGGUUCCUGGUAAGUUCCCUUAUAUCCCUCUUAAAAGAAUGAACACGCCACAAUCUUGUGUAAAGUAUAUACAGUGUUACCUUGGGUUACAGACACUUCAGGUUACAGACACUUCAGGUUACAGACUCCGCCAACCCAGAAAUAGUACCUCGGGUUAAGAACUUUGCUUCAGGAUGAGAACAGAAAUCGUGCGGCGGUGGCACAGUGGCAGUGGGAGGCCCCAUUAGCUAAAGUGGUACCUCAGGUUAAGAACAGUUUCAGGUUAAGAACAGACCUCCAGAACAAAUUAAGUUCUUAACCCGAGGUACCACUGUAAAAGUAGUUUACUCACAUCAUCAGUUCACAGUUGGAUUCCUGAAGGCAGACUUAGUUACAAAGUAUAUACCUGUCGAUCUAUCCCAUAUGGGGAUAAUUCCGGUGUCCUCUGUUGGCAGAAAGCCAACAGAGCAUUUCUAGCUAAAAAGAGCUGCUCCAACGACAGAAGAAGUAAAAAAUAGAAGGUGUGUUGCGUGCCUUGUCCGUUUGUUACCUAGACAGGUAAGGUCAUGCCCACCUCUAGUCACAUGCAAGAGGAAGGAUGCUCCACGCCAGGAGGAAACAGGAAGUUUUCGACUGGCUGGACCAAACAUUCCCCUGCACGUAUUCUCUAGGAAAACAAGGAAUGUUGGACUUGACUGCUACUUACGUAUCACAUCCCACAUGCAUGUCCACCUGUUCCCCAAUCCAAGGCAAUCCAAGUCUAUUCUUUUUUUUUAUUUGUGCAACCCCCACCUCUUUGCAAUCUCAAAGUGGCAUCUCAUCGUCCCUUCUUUUGCCUAUGGUUUAGUCAGGGAGCUGAGAAAUUUCUUGGUUCCUCCUCCUCACUCCUGAUCUGAGGGUUUCAGGAUUCUCUGGGAAAGGGGAACAAACUGAUUUGUCUAUAGCGCAGCAGCUUGCCAGGUACUCCUAGUAUCCCUAUCCUAAUUAGGAAAACAAUUGCUUCUUCAGCCUAAACAUUCUUACCUACCAGAAAAGAAAGACUGUAGAGAUUUAUACUGUACCUCUUCCAUCUUUUACCUGUGUGCCUGAAGUUAAUUUCCCCCUUGUGCCUUCAAGGCUGUUGUUGUCACAGAUGGAGAACGGAUAUUGGGCCUUGGUGACCUUGGUGUGUAUGGGAUGGGGAUUCCUGUUGGCAAGCUCUGCUUAUACACAGCAUGUGCUGGAAUACAACCCGACAAGUGCCUCCCUGUGUGUAUUGAUGUCGGCACAGACAAUCAGGUAAGUUACAGCACUGCCUCAUCCCCUCUCCCGAUACCAGUUUUGUAUCGCUACAUCGCUCAGACCUAGUGGGAGGUUUGGCCUUCCCUUUGUUUAUGGGGUGUUGUUAUUUAGACUUCCACGUUUUGGUUUGCCGCUUGGUUUGCCACAAAAAGCCCUAGCUUUUUCCAGUCAGGGACAUGGGUGGCACUGUGGUCUAAACCACUGAGUCUCUUGGGCUUGCUGAUUGGAAGAUCGGUGGUUUGAAUCCCCACGAUGGAGUGAGCUCCCGUUGCUCUGUCCCAGCUCCUGCCAACCUAGCAGUUUGAAAGCACACCAGUGCAAGUAGAUAAAUAAGUACUGCUGCGCCGAGAAGGUAUACGGCAUUUCCAUGCGCUCUGGUUUCUGUCACGGUGUUUCCGUUGCUCUAGAAGUGGUUUAGUCCUGCUAGCCACAUGACCUGGAAAGCUGUUUGUGGACAAACGCCGGCUCCCUCGGCCUGAAAGCGAGUUGAGCGCCGCAACUCCAUAAUCUCCUUUGACUGGACUUAAUCGUCCAGGGGUCCUUUACCUUUUAUCUUUUUAGCCUUUUCUAGAGCCGUGGGUCCUCUCAAGAAUUUCAUGGCAGGUUGGAUUUUGAUUUGAUUUGAUGGAUUUCUCUGCAAGAUGAAAGCUAGACAUAGGACAGCCUGGUUCUAGCAUUUGCCUAGGCUGGUUUUCUCUCUGCAGAGGGAGUUUCAUGUAGAGUAGCAUUUGAAAACAAUGUAGUCCUCUCCAUUUUACAGUCUGAGGUGGUUCAGGCCAUUCAUUCAUUCCACCAUCCGAUUCUGCUGCCUGGGUAGACACUCUUUUCUUGCAGAAUGGUUGAUUGAUUUGAUUGAUUGCAUUUCUAUGCCAAUUUUCGUUCGGACGAAUCCCAAAGCGGCUUGCAAACAAGAAAUAACAGUAAUGUAAUAAAACAUAAUAGGACAUCACAAAUACAGUAUAAACCAUAUAAAAUAGUUAGCAAAUCAUAAAACAGUUACAAUCUAUAAAACACUAUUAACAAAGCAGCAACUUAAAAACGUCAAGAUUACAGGAAAUGUUGUAUUAUAUGAUUAACAAAUCAAUCCAACAUUUAUACUUUAUUAAACAAUAUUAACAACAUUAACAAAAUAACAACUAUAAGAAAAUAAGCUAAGCACUGUUAAAUUCACAACACACACUCCACAACCUAUGACUCAUAAUCUUUAACACUAUUCUGUUCAUUAAAAUACACAUGAAAUACAUAUAAAGCUUAUUAUUAUUAUUAUUUGGCUUUUUUUGGAUAAUUUUAUACAUAUAAAACAUAACCAUUUCAAACAUUAAAAUACAAGGUUCUUUUGAACUUUUGGAUCUCCUUCUCUCCCUCCAUGGGUUCCAUGUUUAAGUUUAAAUUUGCUGCAUCUUUUACUAUUAUCCAUCUAUUAUAUAACCAUAAUUACCAUAAAUAAUUCCACAUUACAAGUGCCAUUACAUCCCUGCCAAAGAUUUUAACUGUUUACAGUGGUCUUUUAAAUAAAUUACAAAUUUACUCCAGUCCUUAGAAAAUACUCGAUCUUCCUGGUUUCGGAUCUUCCCCAUCAGUUUCGCCAUCUCCACAUAUUCCAUCAGUUUCAUCUGCCAUUCUUCUUUUGUUGUUAUUUCUCCCAUAAUGCUCAUUAUUAAGCCAACUCAGCCAGAUGUUUUUCUGUCUGGGGUCCUUGGGUAGUUGGACAUGGUGGGGACGGUGGUCCUCGUCUGGGAGUGUAGUAUUCUUAGUUUUAUUUUUAAAGAGAUGGUGAAGCGUUUAAAAUUUGACUAAGGUGUGAAAGGCUACUUGAUAUCUGCUGCCAAAGUCCACACUUCCUGGGAAUGGCACAAAAUAAGUAAGUCCUCUGUAGAGCAGGGUACUGCAGAAUGAUCUAAGCGCUUCCUUUAAUGGCUUUUGUUCUUCGUUUUCCACAGACGCUUCUUCAUGACCCGUUUUAUAUGGGGCUCUACCAGAAGCGAGACCGCUCUCAGCUGUAUGAUGAACUCAUUGAUGAGUUCAUGGAAGCCAUCGUAGACAGGUAUGCGUUCCAAUAAUCGCAAACAUCAACCCAUGUUCCAAGUACAGUGGUACCUCUGGUUAUGUACUUAAUUCGUUCCAGAGGUCCGUUCUUAACCUGAAACUGUUCUUAACCUGAAGCACCACUUUAGCUAAUGGGGCCUCCUGCUGCUGCCGCACCGCCGGAGCACAAUUUCUGUUCUCGUCCUGAAGCAAAGUAAAAGUAAAAAAUAAGGAAGGCCAUAGUUGGCUAGAUGGACCAACCAACUCACUGUAAAGUAACUAAGUUAAGAAGAGAAUCAGCAGCUUAGAUUUACAAAGGUUUUCUUGCCUUGUUUCCUUACGUGGCAAGAUUCUUAAAUGGCUGUUUCCAAGUCUUGCAUGAACAUGCAUAAAGUAUUAAAACAUUGUGCCCUUUGCAGCACAGCUAUUGACUCCGUAUUUCUCACGCUGCCCUCUAGGUACGGCCAAAACACCCUCAUUCAGUUUGAAGACUUUGGAAACCACAACGCUUUCCGCUUUUUGAGGAAAUACAGAGAGAAAUAUUGUACCUUCAAUGAUGAUAUACAGGGUAAAUCAUCCCCUCUUUGCUAUCUGUUUUGAUUAUAUUUUGCUGGCUGUAUUUGUAGACGCCUUUUUUAUUCCAGCUCUUUUCAGCAAGGUCUGUUCCUUUCACAGGGACAGCUUCGGUGGCCUUAGCUGGGUUGUUGGCAGCGCAGAAAGUUCUUGGUAAACCAAUUACAGAGCACCAGAUCUUGUUCCUUGGUGCAGGAGAGGUGAGUCGUGCUUCCGAGCGAGGCAUGAAGUUCUUUCCCAGCUGGAAAAGGUUUGCGACUGACCUUUCACAGCUUUGUUGCAAUGACCAAACGCAGUGAGGGAUUACAGAAAGCUUUGCACAUAUAAUAUUGGCCUGUUUCACACAACCCACCAAGCCAAACUGUGGCUUAGCACACGCUCACAAGUAUUCCUGGAGAAGUGAUCGCUGCUGUCUCGCUCCUGGUCCUCCUGCUGAUGCCUUGAGCUAAACCAUGCUUUGGCUAAGUGCAUCAUCUGCACUCGGGCUCAUGGUUUGCCUUGCUCUAGACUACUUAACUAAUUUAUUGAAAGGCAGUUGGUCAGCAGCUCUACAGAGUGACAUACCAUACUUUUCCAUGUAUAAGACUGUGUUCUUUUAAUUCUAAAAUAAUGUUCAAAAUCGGGGCUCGUCUUAUACCUCUCCCCCCAUUUUCUUAAAUCGGAGUCCCCCCAAAUAGGGGGCGUCUUAUACAUGGAAAAAUACGGUAUUUUCCCAGCAUUUCUCUUAUUUAUCAGGCUGCCCUUGGAAUUGCAAAUCUCAUCGUCAUGGCUAUGGUGGAAAGUGGUCUUUCUCCGGAAGAAGCUUAUAAGAAAAUAUGGAUGUUCGACAAAUAUGGCUUAUUGGUUCAGGUGAGGCUUGGGGUUUGGUUGGGCACAAUCUUAUUGCUCUACUCCCCCCCCCCCCCCGCCCUGCCAACUCUCAAUAAUUCUUUAUUUUUAAAAUGUCUAGGGUCGGGAACAAACAGUUGAUGCCAACCAAGAGUCCUUUACUCACGCAGCCCCAGACCAGGUGCCAAAGACCUUCUUAGAAGCAGUGAAUGUGCUUCAGCCUUCAGCUAUCAUUGGUGAGUGUUGCGGACGCUUCUCAUAUCAGGUUAGCAGCCCAGAAAUAAUAAUACUGAUGCUUUCAGGAAGGGCUUUUAAUGUCAGGUGGAUACUACUACUACUACUACUACUAAUAAUAAUAAUUUAUUUAUACUCCUCCUAUCUGGCUGGGCUUCCCCAGCCACUCUGGGCAGCUUCCAACAAAAUAUUAAAAUACAGUAAUGCAUCAAACAGUAAAAGCUUCCCUAAACAGGGCUGCCUUCCCAAAGGAGGCUAUGUGUUUACUGAGCACCAGACCUGCAAGAAUUACAUUUUCUACGGUGACUGGCCUGUGUGUGCUUGUACUGUCAACAGGUCUGAGGGGACACCCAUGUGAAUACUCAGUAAGGUAAAAGGUAAAGGUAAAGGACCCCUGGAUGGUUAAGCCCAGUCAAAGGCAACUAUGGGGUUGCGGCGCUUAUCUCGCUUUCAGAUUAAGGGAACCGCCGUUUGUCCACAGACAGCUUUCUGGGUCAUGUCGCCAGCAGGAUUAAACCGCUUCUGGCGCAACGGGACACUGUGAUGGAAACCAGAGCGCACGGAAAUACCAUUUAGCUUCCCGCCAGAGCAGUACCUGUUUAUCUACUUGCACUGGUGUGCUUUUGAACUGCUAGGUUGGCAGGAGCUGGGACAGAGCAACAGGAGCUCACCCUAUUGCAGGGAUUCAAACCGCCGACCUUUUGAUCGGCAAGCCCAAGAGGCUCAGUGGUUUAGACCACAGCACCACCCGCGUCCCAACUGAACACUCACUGGGUGUGUUGGUCAUCCUGUGCCAUGCUAUUCCCGAUAAAGCAGAACUGAGCCUUAUCCUCCAUAAAUUUAUCGGUGGCUGCUAGUACUAGUGGCUAGAUACUGCCUUCAGGAUCAGAGGUGGCAGGCCCUGUUUAAUGACUUCCCGUAGGCAUUUGGUUGAAUAUUUCUGCGCCCAGAUCCUCUUGAUGCUUAAAGCCCUAAGAGGUGUAGGCCACAAAUAUCUGAAAGACCGCUUCCUUCCCUACAGUCCCUCUUGGAUAUUAAGAUCAACAGAGGGGGCCCUCUUGAUAGUUCCUUCACCCUCAGAAGCUUGCCGGGACGGGGGCAUUCUCUGUUGCAGCCCCUCAGUUGUGCAACGUCCCACAGAGGUGUGGCUCAGGACCUCAAUACCUCAAGGACCGCCCCUCCCCAUAUAAACCAUCCCAGACUCUUCAUGCAUCAUCUGAGGCAUGACAAAUGCCAGAGUGCACAGAAACACCAUUUACCUUCCCGCCACAGUGGUACCUAUUUAUCUACUUGCACUAGCGUGCUUUUGAAAUGCUAGCUUGGCAGGAGCUGGGACCGAGCAACGGAAGCUCACUCUGUCAUGGGGAUUCGAACCACCGACCUUCCGAUCAGCAAGCCCAAGAGGCUCAGUGGUUUAGACCACCGUGCCACCCAUGUCCCUGCCAGUUACGUGUGGAGACAAGGGAAUAUACAAACUUGCCAUGAGAUAAGACCUUACUGAGUCUGUGUGUUACCUGUCCUGCAUUAACUGCUUUCAUAUCCCACUGGCAUUGAGGCAAGUAGGAGCAUGAGAAAUAAUUUUGCUUUAGCAGGAACGUGUGCCGUCACAUCCCCAGAGUGGCCGUGCUGUGUCCAACCCAGUUGGCGCAGAAAUACUUGCUGUGUUCCAGUGUCUUAUUGCUACCAUUUUUCAAAAAACUGCAUGUGAGCCUCUUUUUGGCAGGAGGGCGGGGGAAAAGGCAUCAUGUUAUUUGCUUCUUCCAGGGGUCGCAGGCGCAGGCCGACUCUUCUCCCAUGACGUUCUCAAAGCGAUGGGCUCCAUCAACCAGAGACCGAUCAUAUUUGCCCUGAGUAACCCUACUGCGAAAGCCGAGUGCACCGCUGAGGAGGCAUACACAUUAACAGAGGUGGGCCAAAUAACUUGAAGCAUCGCUGGUCAUCACAGUCUUUCUCCUGGACUGUGCAGCUUGACUUGCUUGACUGAGCUGCCGGAAGCUUGAUCAGGAAGCACCUUCUGUGCUGAAGACAUUAUGUGGUUGUGACUCGUGUGCUAGUGUGGCUGAUCAGCUCACCUGCAGAGAACUGGUAUCUGGUAUCAAUGGUCCUUUCCCUCUCUCACGAGGACCUCAAGAGACACACUGCCCAGAUUUGCGCUCUGGGAGGUCACUUGGGUGCUGCUAACACAGUAGUUUGAUUUCUUCUUUUCCUCCUCCUCCUCCUCUUCCUCCUCCUCCUCCUUCUUCCUCUCCUUCUCCUUCUCCUUCACUGAUCACUCGUAGUCAAGUAAGAUUGUCUUCCAUGAACACAGUCUUAACAGUGAGUCCGUAAGUGACUGUGGAGGCCAAUUCUGGAUCCACAUGUCCUUCCACAGUGGGGACAUUGGUGGGAGUUGAUCAUGGUGAGGAUUUGCCAAGCAUGACUUCCUCUUAGCACGUUUCUUCCCUGCGUCCUGAGUUUGAGCAUCUUCACAGCCCAUGACACCUUUGGUAAAGGCUGUUCUCCAAUUGGAGCGUUCGCAGGCCAGUGUUUCCCAGUUGUCUGUGUUUAUACUACUUUUUUUUUUUUUAGAUUUGCCUUGAGACAGUCUUUAAAGCUCUUUUGUUGACUACCAACAUUACACUUUCCAUUUUUAGGUUCUGAAUAGAGUAGUUGCUUUGGAAGAUGAUAAUCCCCAGAGGUGCACUCCAUUGUCCCUUGAGACAGAUGGAUGCCAGCAGCAACAACUUCUGACUAGGCUCUAACUAGAUAUGGAAUCGGCAUGGUGGAGUAGAAUCUCAGCUGCCCACCAGGAAUAUCUGCCCUACCUCUGGGUGUACCGGACAUCCACACAUUGGAUGUCAUAGUCACUUAUGAUCCACACACACCAGAUCCAAAACACACAGACUGAAUAGGGCAAUAUUAUCCCUUUUUUUAUGUGUUCAAAAGUUAACUGUUGUAUUGUUGGGCUUACACACUUCCAAAGGCCCUAUGGAAACAUGGGUCCAGCGUAUAGAUAUCUGGUAGGUUUGCCAAUGGGGUCAGAUUCUGCUGUAAUGCAGUUUGCAGGGUGGAUAAAAAUCAAUGAUUUAUUUAUUUUAAAAUAAAAUAGGAUUUUUUUUUAUUUAAAUCGAUUUUUUAAAUUUAAAUUAGAUUUUUAAAAUAAAAUGUUUUUGGAGGAAAAAAUCUUUCUAAAGAUAAGUUUUCUAUUUAAGUUACAUUAUAGUCCAAAGGCCAUCAGGAAAUAAGGAUUUGUUUUAAGCUUUUCAUGUGUAUUGAAACUCAGUCUAAGUUUUUUUUUCUUUAUGUUUAACCACAUCAGUUAACAAACAUGGAUACAUAUGCUAUAAUGUUAUUGUUUUAGUUAAAUAAAUGGUUUAAAUUGUUAUUAAUUGUUAUUACUUUUCUCCUUCCAAUAAAGUACAGCAGAAAAGUUGUACAAAUAUAAAAACAGUUAACUUAUUCACUCCGGUGGGAAGGUAAACAGUGUUUCCGUGCACUGCUCUGGUUCGCCACAAGCGGCUUAGUCAUGCUGGCCACAUGACCCGGAAGCUGUAUGCCAGCUCCCUCAGCCAAUAAAGCAAGAUGAGCGCCGCAACCCCAGAGUCAUCUGCGACUGGACCUAAUGGUCAGGGGUUCCUUUACCUUUACCUUUAUAUCUCAUAGUACAACCAAAUCAGUAAUUUUUGAUAUAACUGUAAAAACUACUCUGAAAAUGUAUUAUUCCAAAAAUGAAACCUUCAUCUGGUUGUAAAUAUUAAGAUUAUACCAGCAGGAAUGCCUUUCUGUAAAAAAAAAAAAUUGUUGUUUAGUCGUUUAGUCGUGUCCGACUCUUCGUGACCCCAUGGACCAGAGCACGCCAGGCACUCCUGUCUUCCGCUGCCUCCCGCAGUUUGGUCAGACUCAUGUUUGUAGCUUCGAGAACACUGUCCAACCAUCUCGUCCUCUGUCGUUCCCUUCUCCUUGUGCCCUCAAUCUUUCCCAACAUCAGGGUCUUUUCCAGGGAGCCUUCUCUUCUCAUGAGGUGGCCAAAGUAUUGGAGCUUCAGCUUCAGGAUCUGUCCUUCCAGUGAGCACUCAGGGCUGAUUUCCUUCAGAAUGGAUCGGUUUGAUCUUCUUGCAGUCCAUGGGACUCUCAAGAGUCUCCUCCAGCACCAUAAUUCAAAAGCAUCCAUUCUUUGGCGAUCAGCCUUCUUUAUGGUCCAGCUCUCACUUCCAUACAUCACUACUGGGAAAACCAUGGCUUUAACUAUAAGGACCUUUGUCGGCAAGGUGAUGUCUCUGCUUUUUAAGACGCUGUCUAGGUUUGCCAUCGCCUGUCUCCCAAGGAGCAGGCGUCUUUUAAUUUCGUGACUGCUGUUUUUUAACUGUUAACUGAUGUGGUUAAACAUAAAGGGAAAAAAACUUAGACUGAGUUUCAAUACACACGAAUAAAAAAAUUUAAACCAAGUCUCACUGACUUAAAUCAAAUCCACCCUGGCAGUUUGUAAUAUUAUUUGGCUGGAGACAUGUGUGAGCACCUCUUGGUGUAGCUAAAAGUGUUGUGUCUGCCCAGUGUACAAAUACUCACAUGUAUAAAAUUGCAGUGGAACUUCAUCUGUAUUGUAUUGCCCUUAUUCUUGCAGAAGUGGCUUCCUGAUGAAUCGUUUCCUCUUUUUUCUAUUUGACAGGGGCGUUGUCUGUUCGCAAGCGGCAGCCCUUUUGAGCCAGUGAAGCUAAGUGAUGGGCGAUCCUUCAAACCUGGACAAGGAAACAAUGCAUACAUAUUUCCAGGUAAAGCAGUUUGUUAAGAGACAAUUUUGGCUUGUAAGAAUCCAAAGGCCUCUUGCAUUGCGAGAUGGGCUUUACGAUGGCAGGUUACAAGUUCAUAAUAAAAUAUAUUUUUUGCCACAAGGGCAUCAGGGAAUUCUGUGCUGCCCCACAGAGAGCCAGUGUGGUGUAGUGGUUAAGAGCGGUAGACUCGUAUUCUGGUGAACCGGGUUCGCUUCCCCGCUCCUCCACAUGCAGCUGCUGGGUGACCUUGGGCUAGUCACACUUCUCUGAAGUCUCUCAGCCCCACUCACCUCACAGAGUGUUUGUUGUGGGGGGAGGAAGGGAAAGGAGAAUGUUAGCUGCUUUGAGACUCCUUUGGGUAGUGAUAAAGUGGGAUAUCAAAUCCAAACUCCUCCUUCUCUUCCUCCUCCUCUUCCUCCUCUUCUUCUUCUUCUUCAGUUCCCUUCAUGCUAUUGGCUUUCAGUGCUGAGCGUUGUUGGUAGCAACGCUUAUAAAAAUAAACACUGCUGUUAGCUUCUACGCAAACAGCGGCAUAAAAGCCUUUCAGUUCCGCAAAUCCAGACGUUUUUGUAAAACGACUUUGAAUGUCUCUGUUCUUUAGGCGUUGCUCUUGCUGUUAUUCUCAGUGGGGUUCGGCACAUUAGCGAUCAAGUUUUCCUGGAGGCUGCGAAGGUAAGCGGUCCGAAGGCGAAACGCCUGGUGGGUGAAAUAGUACGUGCAUUGCAGUUUCCGCACGUGUGAGGGGAUUUUCAAAUGGAAAAGAUAGAAUAUGAGUUCAAAACUGACCUGUGCAUUGGUUGGCUUAAGAGGCUAGAAGCGAGGAGUUUGCUCCAUGACGUCAAAUGCCUUGGUUAGAUCAGGGCUACCACAAUGUGCUCUACAUGGGGCUGCCUUGGAAGACAGUUUAGAAACGUCCUCUUGUUCAAAAACGUAGCAGCAAGGAUGUAGACCGGAGCCCGUUACUGCAAUUGCGUGGCUCCCAUUAUUGCAGCAACUUCACUGGCUUGAGAGCCAUUUCCAGGCCUCAGCCAAAGUGUUGGUAUCGUCUCUAAAGCCUUAAAUGGCCCAGGACCAGUGUAACCCCAGAUGGUGGUUCGUUCCUGUGUAAUGUUUUUCUCUUUGUAUUAAAAAAGGCGUUAACAGAGCAGCUGACUGAGGAAGAACUUGCUGAGGGACGGCUUUAUCCUCCUCUUGCAAACAUCCGGGAGGUUUCCAUUAACAUUGCCGUUAAAGUAAGUGCAAUUUUGGGGGUGGCAGGAGGAGCGUUUGGAUAGAUGUACAGCCCACCUUAAUUUUUCUGAAUAUCGCAGGGUGGAGCGGGUCGGGACAACCAAUGAUGUUCUAGGGGCUGGAAUUGAUUGUGUGGGAUGAACCUAAACUGCCCAUUCUAGGUGUCCGAACAAGGUUUGGAUAAUCACGAUCAUCAUUGAACGGAAACCUUGAAGGACAAAGGUAGCACACGUCUGGGCCCAAAAUGCCAAGGCCAUCUUCAAGCCUUGUCUGUGAGCUUCCAGAAGCAAUUGGCUGCUCGUGGUUGGAAACAAAAUAUUUCAAUAGGAAGACACCAGUGAUGGGGAAUCUGUGGCUCUCUUUAGAUGUUGCUUCCAUCAUCCCUGAUGGUUGGCCUUGCUAGCUGAGGCUGAUGGGAGAUGGAGGGUCCAACGGCAAGCUGGAGGACCACAAGGAGGACUGUAGCUCAGUGGCAGAACAUCUUCUUUGCGUGCGGACAGUCCCAGAUCCAAUUGCAGGCAGGGUUGAGAGGGACCCAUAGAGAGGCACCCUCUGUUGCCUGACUCCCAACUCCCAUUAGCCCCAGCCACCAUGGCCCGACGGUCAUGGAUGAUGGGUUUUGUAGUCCAGCAUCCGAAGGGCACCAGGUUGGCUAGCCAGGGUGUAGACAAUACUGAAUGAGAUGGACCAGCAUAAAUUCUGUGUUCCCCAACUCUGAGAUGGAUCAUGGGAAUCCUGCAGAUCAAUAAUCUGAUUUCCUCCCGCUCCAGGUUAUGGAAUUUUUGUAUGCCAACAACAUGGCGUUCCAUUACCCUGAGCCUGCAGACAAAAACAAGCACAUACGGUCGAGGAUCUGGAACUACAAGUAUGAAUCGUUUCUGCCGGAUUUGUAUGAUUGGCCAGAAUCUACGGCGCAUCCACCCAAAACACAGUGACUUGCCCAAGGGGGCGUGUUCUUCAGGUGGCACCUGAAAUUCUGCAGGGAAUCUCUUUCCGGAACAGAUUUAAAACCAGGAACGUUUUGAGACUUUGAUUUUUUUCAACAACGACAAAAGUAUUUUUAAGCCUUGCCCCAUAACAAUUGCCUGGAUUGCUCCUGGUGUAGAUGUUCCUUCUGACGAUUUGCAUUCCAAUGGAUGGAAGUGACUUAUCUGGAACCAAGAUACAAAAACUUAUACUGAUUUUUUAAUAUAAAAAAUUCACUUUUACAGUCCUCAGGGUCACUUAACCAUAUACAGGAAAUCCUUAAUUAUCUUGUCAUUCCUGUUAUAUAGACCCAGUUUAUAUAUUUAGUGGUAGAGCUUCUUCUGAGCUGCCCCACUUCAGACUGCAAAUGGUCUUCUUUAUCUAUAUUGGAAACGAAUAAACUCACCGAGUGUAGAAAAUGAGCAUGUCAGAAAGAUUUGGCCUAGCCUUUUGUCAUGUGCUGUUUUUCUGCUUGCACAGAACUUAUUUUUUAUGGAGAAAACAUUCAAACAAGCAACCUUCCAGCAUCUUGAAGUGGUACAGCGCAGAAAUGGUUUUACCUCUUGAUCCUGCUGCAUGCAUUAACUGGGCCUUAAGCUGGCUACCAAAUCUCUUCAUCCCUUUUUGUACUCUGGUUGCCUAUUUUAUAUGUGCCCUGAUGGCCCUUGCAGUUGUCUGAUGUGCUGAGCUUUGUGGCCUCAAUUGGGCAAUGUCAGAUUUUAGGACGGGCUACCAGCUUCCUUUGCAGGUAAACAUGGCGAGUUGUCUGUUCUGAGCUUCGAGUAAGCAACUUUGCCCUUCUUAGCUCUGCUACAAAAACAAAAAGAAAAACAACCUUGCCAGCAAGCAUGGUUUUAGAGUGCUUCCACAUGGCUGUUUAUUGUGAAGUCUGUGUUGUUAACAAAUGCAGCAUCCACACAAUGUCACAAUGCCUCCCAUAUUAUUUUCCAGUUUAAAAAUCCAGAAAAUCUUCCAGAAAACCCAGCAAGUAACACCCUCCUCGCAAAAAAACCCCCAGACAAUCAAACUGGCUUAAAUGCAGUGGGCUAAAUUAUGGGAUGGCAUUUUGAUGAGGAUGAUGUUUCAGGGAUGCAGCAAAAAACUUUUAUGCGUGAACAGCACAGAGUCCACAGUGUGUAAGUGACCUAAGUCUCUUGAAUCUAUACUAGGGGUGUGAGAACCUUUGACCCUCCAGAUGUUGCUGAACUGGAACUCCCGUCAUCCCUGGCCAUUGGCCAUGCUUGCUGGGGCUGAUGGGAGUUGGAGUUCAGCAACAUCUGGAGGGCCAAAGGUUCUCCACCCCACGUACCAGUGUUGGCUUCUACAGUGUUCCAAUUUUGCCUUUUCAAAGUUUUUCUCUGCGGGGUGCUUACACUCCGUAGCCCCAAAUCCUGGGCCUCCAGUGCAUCCUCAGAGCUCUGUCCCAAUGGCAUCAGCAUCGGGGUGGUCUUCCCAUCUCUGCAUUUCAGCAUCCUGUACAGGUCAUUCCCAGCUCCCUUGGAAUUCUGCAUUCGAAAACACAUACACUCCCAAACUUUUGAUUGAGGCAUGUAUUUAGGAAUUGGCUUGAACUGGCUUUAUUUUACAACAUAAUAGCAAGAUUUGUGCCUCUUAAAACAAGGGGCAGUUUCAGUGUGGGCUUCCCCAGUGCUAAGUUGCAUUUUGACCUGACCAGAUGCAAGGCUUGCGUUUGGCCUGCAACGUGGUCAGUGAGCAGUCCGGCCACGGCUUCCACCCGACUGAGCCACCCUUAACUAUAGAUCCGCUAUGUGUACAGCUGUUACAAAACUGAUUUUUCAACCGAUUGUACAUUUAGUACAAAGACUUAUUUGGUGCCUGGCUGUGUUUUUUUUUUUAAUCUCUCAAAUGAAUUGUUACCUAAAAUUGCGAUGAUAGUGGGAAAUGGGGAGUGGGCAUUUUCCCCUGUUUACUACGGAGAAACUUCUUCCGAUAAGCAUCAGGCGACAGCAGCUCUAGUUUUAAACAGACUUGGGAAACGGAUUAGGUGCUGCAGAGUGAUUUUUCUUGACCGCCUCAUUUUGUGUAGAAGCAACAAUGAGAUAUCGGGGUUUAUAUCUGGCACUCCACACUCGCUGCCCUUAAUGGCUCCUCCUGCCAAAAGGGAUGGAAGACAUUUGUGAUGAAAGCAAUUAAACCAAUCAAGCAUACGGGGUACAUUUCUGAACAGAUUUAAUUCGAAUGUUCUCAGCAGACUGAUGAGCUGCCGGACAAGCAUCACUUAGUAUUAGAUUGGCAUUAUGCUAAUGUCUUCUCUGCCAUUUCCCCUACUUCACCUCUUUGCAUAAUUUUUUGUCUCCCAAGAUGAUUGCAUGCUCAUACAGCAAAGAGAUGAAUUUUUUGCACCAGCGAAGGUUGUGGUUACAAAAGGCGUAAUUUACCAGGGUUUGCACAAGCUCCAGUAAAUUCAUUGGGGCUGUGCAAGCCAGCUACUGUUCUUUGGGUGAAGUCUCCUGGAUUUCACUGAGGUUUGUGGACUGUUCCUGCAGCAGUGCUUAUGCCACACUUCUCAACAGAAAGCAGAACAGAAUGGUCCUUAUCUCCUAUACACACCCUCAAGGCUUUAAGAGUUGGAUCAUACAUAAGGUAUAUGAACAGCCCAGUGUGUCAUGGACACACAGAACAUUCAAAGGAGUAUUUUAAGGGUGUUUUCCAUGCUACAGUUUUAAGAUACAGGAGCACUCGCAUAGUUUGAAACUGUCUUCCCACUGUCCUUCAUAGGCAUAGCUAGGUUAAUGCAAUUGGGCACAUAAUUUGCUAGAUUCUAGAGGUAGUUGUGUGGUCAUACUUGGAUCCAAGUACACAAGCUUUGACAGAAUGUAUUUAGUCUGAGAGAUAGUCCAGCUAAUGUUUCCCUUCUUCCCAUGUUGCUCUUGUGAGAACUGAGUUUACACAACUAUCAGACCCUGCUGGAUUGCACCUUCUUCAGACUCCAGGUGGGGAAUUGCGUGCUUAAAUGUUCCCCAGAAUAAAAAGCGAGAGAGCGCUGUGCACAUGCAAAACUAAUAUGUUAAGGAGAAAGUUGCCUUGAACCAACCUUCCCUUUAUACUAGUUCUGUGAUGUGCAGGAAGGUGUUUUAAAAAAUAAAAUAAAAUAGGGAUAUUCAGAUAUUUAUUUGCCCCCCUCAAGUGUGAAGUGGUAGUCUGGGAACAGGUGAAUCUUGUGUUUGCUGAGCGUAGUUCAAUUCCGAUCCAAUCAGUCUUCCUCCUCCAGGGAUGUGAGCCUUCCAUUCAAGUCAACCUUUGCAAGAUUCUUGACGAAUACCAUUUUAAAAAAUAGUACAAGUAAAACAACAUGUGAAAAACAAGGCACUAUAAUGUAGCUGUGAGCGUAAGUUUCUCUUGUGUUAUUGGCAAAAACAACAGUGGGGUGUCGGUAAUGCUAUUUAAAAGUGUGUCUUAGUUGUAAUGUAUUUUUUGUGGGGGGUUGCACACAAAAUAGCAUCACCUGGCACCUCUUUUAGGAGGGAUUCCCCCUCCCCCUUGUUUGCCUUAUAACAUGGCUUCAUCAUUGCACUUCCCCACUUCCUAACCCUUGUUUUCUUUUUAGCGACGUUUAUUUAUUCUGUAAGUCGUUUUUAACGAAUCUGUUUUAAUGAUUGCUCUUGCGGCUUUGUGCAUGAAGAUUGCUUUUCCAUGAGUGCAACAGAAGGUUAAAUGCUGCUUUAGAGGGACUGAAAGCAAUUCUUCAGAAGAGGGUUCGUUAUGUAUUUGUACAUCUUGUUAGCUUGGAAUUCUUUUUUGAGAGGUGAAACUCGUGUUUGGAAAACUUGACCCGUGUCUCUCCUUAGCUGUCCAGCAUCAGUGAAGGAGCUGUUCACACAACCGCCUGAACCCAUGAUGCCCUUUUGGGUCUGCGUAACAGCCACUAUUUAUUGAAUUCAGCCCAGAUCUGCUUUAGGCACAUGCCACCAGAAAUGUGACAGAAGCUACAUUUUUGGAGAUGUUCCGAAACCCAAUGUGGUCUGAAUUUAAAGGGAACAUAUGCAUGUGUACACAAUGAUUUAUACAACAGGAAAUCUCUGUUGACUGCCAUGUGCUGGUUGGGCUCCAGGAUUUGGCCCUGAAACCAUGUACUGUAUACAGAAACAGGGACAGUUUUCUUAUGGCUCAAGUGGGGAAACCCUUUCAUUUUUCUGGCUCCUCUGCAUGAGGAAUCUUGAUGGGAAAUAAGAAACCCCAACUCUCUCUGGUAGCCCAAAAUGUCCCAAGCGGAGCAUAAAAGUAAGGCAAUUUUAGUUCCAUCAGCUGUUGUGUCUUGCAUAAAUGCUGUUUGGGCUGUUUCUAAAGCAAAUCAAACACCUUUGUGGGAGCAAUUCUUGCAUAGUCAAAAUACAAAUCCUCAGGAUGAACCUUUUUUCAGAAUAUGGUUUAUUGCGAAGUAGUCUGUGUGGCUUAAAAAUGAACAAACACUGUGUUUAAAAAUGUGGGUUUAUUUUUCUCCUUUGGUAAUAUUGUAACUGUACUGAGAUAUGUGUUAAUGGUCUUCUAUUUUCAUAGUAAAAGCCGUCCCUUUUGCCUA